UGUGUGGAACCAAAAUGGCGGCGCUACUCUGUCAGUUUCACUCUUCGCACUGAUUCAUCUCUCUAGGUUAGCUGGCUAACUGUUAGCUCAAGGAACUGCCACAGAGAAGGAAACCCGGGGACAGCUGAAUAUGGCUGAAGUUGAUCAACACGAAGGAGAGCAGGACAUUGAGAAGAAAAUUGAGGAGACGAGACAGAGAUUCAAGAAUGAGUUCCUUCAAGACUCAACAGAUAAAUAUGAUCCCAGAGAUGUGGAAAGACUUCAGAAAGAUGAUGCCCUGGUGGAGGGCUACCUGACAUGGAGACUUUAUGUUGUUGACGAUGCCUUGAAAAUGAUUGAUGAUAGUUUUCAGUGGAGAAAGGAGUUUGGUCUGAAUGAUCUCACUGAAAGCAGCAUUCCCAAAUGGAUGUUCGAGACUGGUGCUGUCUACCUCCACGGAUAUGACAAAGAAGGCAAUAAGCUCUUCUGGUUCAAAGUGAAGCUGCAUGUCAAAGACGCAAAAACAAUCUUAGACAAGAAGAAAUAUGUUGCCUUCUGGCUGGAGAGGUAUGCGAAGAAAGAACCUGGGAUGCCUCUCACUGUUGUGUUUGACAUGACAGAGUCUGGCCUCGGCAAUAUAGACAUGGACUUUGUGAAGUACAUCAUUAAUUGCUUCAAAGUAUACUAUCCAAAGUUUUUAUCCAAAAUGAUCAUUGUGGAUAUGCCUUGGAUUAUGAAUGCUGCAUGGAAGAUAGUGAAGUCAUGGUUGGGUCCUGAGGCAAUUAGCAAGCUAAAGUUUGCUUCCAGAUCUGAGGUCCAGACAUUCAUAGACCUGGAGUAUCUGCCACCUCACAUGGGUGGAACGGACCCCUUCAAAUAUAGCUACCCUCCUCUUCCUGAUGACGACUUCCAAACGCCCAUCUGCGACAACGGCCCUAUUGUUAGCGAAGAGGAAACAGAGAGUAAAGACGGUGAAUUAGAGAGCAAAGAUACUCUUGAGUCCAGCUUCAACUCUGAGGUUGCUGUAAAGCCUAAAAAGGUGAAUUUCCUGGAAGACAGUUUGAGGUCAGAGGACAGUGAUAAAGGAGACACGAGUACCAGGACCAAAGGGGCCAGGAAGCCAGUGACCACAUUCAAAGGCGCUCUCCUUGAUGUUAGUCCUGCAGAGGAGCUUAGUUUUGGUUCUGGAGAAACUGAGAAGAAAAGCCUCAUUAUCCUGAGCAAUGUGACCAAAAAUCAAGUGGCCUUCAAGGUCCGGACCACAGCACCUGACAAGUACAGAGUGAAGCCCAGUAGCAGCUGCUGUGAACCAGGCGCAUCAAUAGACAUAGUAGUGUCCUUACAUGGAGGUUCACAGGCUUCUCCUCAGGAUAGAUUCCUGGUUAUGGCUGCUGAGAUGGACAAUGCCGGAUCACAAGAACUCGCACAAUUCUGGAAAGAAGUGCCAAAAAACAAGGUCAUGGAACACAGGUUGCGCUGUCAUGUUUUGGAGAGCAUUAAAGCAGCAGUGAGUCCUCUCAGAGACAGCCCAGUUGAGACAGUAACCAGCGGGCAACAGGAAUUAAGCACAGCAGCAUUCGAUGAUAACUUACUUACUUAUUCCUCACUUAUGCGAGUCAUGGCCAGCACCUCACGGAUGGAGCAGAAGCUGAACACAUGUCUGUGGGUGCAGAAGGUUCUCAUUGGGUUGGUGUUGGGCCUGGUGGUGCUGAACCUGUUGUGUCUGCACAUGCUGGGAACCGCCCAGCGGCCGUCUUGACCCACCUCGCCACCGCCCACAUCUGUUUAUCACAGACACUCAAGAUGUUUCCAGCAGAGCUACAGUUGACCACCCCAGGGAAGGUCGUCCUGUGCUUACUGAGCAAACCUGAGCAGCCCUCCCCCCCUCCCCUUUCCCCUUACCCUAUCCUCUCCACGGACUGUCGUCAUAGAGAGGAGGACUGCUGAGUUUAGGGACAUGUGAGUUGUUGUUGAGUUGCUACACAGAAAGAUUUAUACUUGUCUAUUUCCAGACACUUGGGGGCUUAAGACAACAGAGACACUUUUAAUAAUGUGACAUAAAAUCAUUAAGGUAUUUUUAAGUCUAAUCAUCAGAAAAUAAGCGUGUAUUUAUUGCAAAAGUGACAAUACGUUGCAAAUAGUAGUUAUUUUUGUGACAAUAAUGUACAAAUUUUUAUAAUAUUCAAAUCUACAGUGUAUAAAUAAACACAUUUUUGCCAGCAUAUUUAAUUUUAUUUAACUGGGACCUUUUGUGUUAACAUCUGAAGACAAGUUUGGAAGCAUUUUUUCCGUAACUGUUAUACUAUGCAUCUCAUGAAUAAACCCUCAUUAGUAUAGAAAUGUCUAAUUGAAAGCAUUGCAGUGUAUGACCUUACUAAACCUCUCCACUCUAGACCAAGGAGCCACAGGAGAUCUCUGUCACCCUGAUCUUCCUUAUUUGUUUUAAUUACCCAGACUCCUGCACACUAAAAAUACCAAAGCAAUUACUGCUGAGUACAAGGACAUGGCAUAACCCACUUGUAGCUUAGUGGGAAGUACACAUAUCUAUAACAAGAUCCAGCUCGGGGCAAUCGGGACGUGAGUCGCCACAUACGAAAACAUCACAAUUUGCUUAUUAGUUGUGUGCGCGUAAGUGUUUUGCAGCUUUUUCACGGUAGGGGGUGGCUGCUCAUAAUCAAGGGAUAAUUAGACAGAUUGAAAUAAUAAGAAGUAAUCCAACACUGAUUAUAAGUACUGUCCUGUUUUCAGGCCUGACAGAAUGUGUUUAUUCCCCAAAGAUCAUGUUCUGUAACAGUCUACUUGAAUAAUAAACCCUUCAUAUGGUCUACACUU